CCUGUGUGCUGAUAGCUCCUCUGCUUGGACAGAACACAGUGAUGUUAGUGGCAGGGGCUAUUUUGGAUGUGUUCAGAUCGGUGGCAGAGUUUCUCAUGGACAGAAAACAUGUAGCGGGAUCUCAAGUACUUGCCAAGGAAGCCACAGAACGUGUAAUUAUCGUCUGCUGGUAGCCCUCUUCUCUUGGGCUUCCCACUCUCUGCAAACGUGGCAUGAUAUGAUUGGUGGAGUUUCCGUCGUCUGCUAGAAGACUGACAUGCAGAUCCGCUGCUGACGCGGCGCUGAAAGAUGAACGACUACACCCACCACACAUCGCCCCCACCGCUUCACUGACGGGGCUCACAUCAACCGGACGUCACAGCGGCGACAACACACGUUGUACAAGGUUCCGUGGUACUUCAUCUACAACAACGGCUGGUGCAUGCAUGAUGUGUGUGGCGUGGCUGCUGAUGUCCAAUAUGGCAGACCGGGUGCUGCUCAGUGUGCUGGGGGUGGGCGUGUCCCUGUACGCACUCAGGGUGGAGGUGAGGCGGGAGAAUGACCCGCAAUACAGGGCGGUCUGCGACUUCAGUGACAGGUUCAGCUGCUCCAAAGCACUCUGCUCACCGUACGGGAAAGGAUUUGGAAUAGUACGUUUACUGGUGGGCAAAGAUCACUUCCUGAAUCAACGCAACUGUACCGUCGGGAUCUUGUUCUACCUCUCACAGAUUGUCCUAGCGUUCCUUCCCAACCAAGUGCUGUGCUCGUAUAUUCUUUACUACACCUCGGUAAUCGCGGGCCUUGGUUGUGUGUAUCUGGCUUUCAUCCUUUUCUUCGUACUGCGUGAUAUCUGCAUCGUCUGUAUUGGCACAUACGUCAUCAAUGCUGUGCUCAUUUACCUCAACUACAACCUGUACCUCAGCAAACAUCCGGGGCCGUGAGUGUCGCACAUAUUGGGGCGGCUGCAAGACCUACAUGGACCACUUGUUUCAGUGUAUCGUGAGAAACUGCAAUUGUUGCUACAGGUACAAUAAUGAGGGAGGCUGUGUACAUGGAGAAAUUAAUGUCAUAAAUUCUAAAGUGGAGAGAGAAAGGGCUGACAAUAAAGACAUGUUUUCUUCAA